AUGGACGUGCUCGCUUGUGCUGGCCGUGCGGCCUCAGCGCCCGCGGCGGUUCAAUCAACGUACCGGCCGUCAGCGCUGGCGACACGUCGAAUUAGCAGGAAUAGGGUAAGGGUUUGUUUGGUCGGUGUCGGCGGCGGGGCGCCAAUCGGGACUGAGCGCCCGGCGCGGCCCGGAGCUUCGACUCGUGGAUUCGUCCGCUUCCCUCGUACAUACCGUGGCAUCAGCAUGGUGCGAGCGCUGGGAGGCGAGGAUGACGAUGACGACGCAGGGUUCGACGCCAACUUCGGCGACAUCGACAGGCUCGCCGCCGAGGCCGAGGCGGCUGCGGAGGGCGAUGACGUCGACGUCGGUGACGAUGACCCCGACGCUAGGCUCAUGUCGUACGGCAAUCAGAAAGUCGUCGAGUUCGGCCUUUCCGGUCGUCCACUUUACGUGUGCCAAUCGAUCUGGUGGCUGCGCCUCUCCCAGCUGAAGACCUACCCCCCGGAUGCCGAAGACGUGCGCGAUAUUGCCCGCCGUUCGGGCCUGACCACCAAGGCUGUUCAGAAGUGGUUCGCCGAUGCGCUGGAUCACUACCAUAACCUAUCCCUCGCCGACAAGGCAAAAUAUGACAUCGAGUGCCAGGCAAAGCUGGACAGGAUGGAGGCGCUAAUCGUGAGGCUUGGGACGGAGAAACCUGGCCUCUUCGACGGAAGGGAUGACGAGCCCGUGAAUGUGGCAGCACCGUGGAAGGAGGAUGGUAAGCUUUCCUCCGAUGAGCAGAAAAAGCUGACACUCAAGGAUCCGCUUUACAUUGCCAUGGAUGCAUUGCCCGACGUCAUGGCCAAGGAGGCGGCGGAGGCGAAGCUCGAGAAGGACACGGAGGAAGGUCUUGACGACGAGGCGAUUGCGCGCAUUCCGCAGGAUGGCUCACCUGAGCAGCCGUUCCUGAUCAACCCUUAUGCGCACUCAAAGGCGGGCUCUUGGUCAAUCGUCAAGAAAGUUGGACCUCCAACCGCGUUCGAGGAAUCCAUCGAAUGGCUCGAAACCGGCGGCUGGGAGGCUCUCCCGGAUCAUGAGAUUGCAUCCGCAGUUGACGGAGGGGCACUCAAGUUUGUCGGCGUGAGUGAUGAGACCAUCUUGGGAUCGCGCGACAGGUUAGAUAUCGCCAUGCCAUCAAACGCCGAUUCCCUCGCGGUCGCUGAGGAGAUUGACUCUGAUGGCAUCCUCAGGGAUGCGGUCAGACACACCGGCGAUCUCUCCCGCAAGCAGCUCCACGACCUGACCAUCGGUGAGGAGCUGGAAGGGAAGAUUGUGUCGCUCGAGCUGUACCACGGUGCGCUGGUUGACUGCGGAUGCGAGACGGAUGGUCUGAUCCCCAUCUCCGAGGACGAUUGGCCCGACUUAGUGGACACGCUGACCAUGGGUACCAAGGUCAAGGUCAAGGUCAAGGCGGUGCACGAGAGGUGGUGGCGAUUCAGGUUUCCCAUCGAGCUCGAUAUCUUGUCACCGAACGUUGGGCACCUCAUAAAAACACACCCGCACGAGGACGGACCCCCCAUCAACAUCUACAGCGGUGAGACCGUGCCUUACGCGAACAUGGACGCAGGUCGCCCUCUGGACAAGUUUUUCGAGGUUUCUGACGUGGACGAGGAAGAGGAGGAGAGACUCCGCGUGCAGGCAAUCAGUGACUGGGUGGACGAGAAGAUGGCAGAAACCGAGCAGAAAACCACGAAGAAGGGGAACAGGAUGCAAAGGGUCCUCGCGGCAGCCAAGGCCGCGGCGGCUGCCGCCGCCGAUGAGAAAAACGCUGCGAAUCAGAUACCCGUGGAGGACGACGAGGAGGACAUUCGCGGCAUGUCUGACGGUGGGGCUGCGCAGGCCCUGGAUACUGGCAGUGGCCUGCGAGGGUUGGGCGAGCGCACCGAAGACAUGAUCGCUGCCGAGGAGGAAGAAGAGGAGGCAGCGCUCUUUGGUGGAGAUAAGACGGUUCCGGGAAUCGCCGGCCCACAGGAGGAUCCUGAUGCGGUCGAGGAGGGCGACGAGGAGGACGAGGAGGAGGACACGGCUGACGAAAAUUUUGACGGCAACGUUAACCCGGAGGCCGAGGACACGCGCGGAGGCGUUGUGGUCACCGCGGAUGAUUUGACGGCCUCUUCUAUCGAUUACGAAGACGAUGAAGACGAAGAUGAUGAUGACGAUGAAGAAGAGGCGGGGAGCAAGCGCAAAAAGGGUUCCGUUGACGAUGACGAUGAGGAUGACGACGAUGAGGACUUGUAA